AUGGUAGAUAUCACAAAUGAAGAUGUCAUUGUGCUUGAUGAGCAUCAUCCUCAGCCUUGGUUGAGCGAUGAACAAAGGCAACAAAUGGCUGAGCUUUUACUAGCACAAGCAAACGGGACUGAGCUACCAUAUGGGGCAAUCACUAAAGCUGCUGAAAAAUUCCACGUGUGCCGCAAAAUUGCAAGUGUAAUCUGGAACACAAUCAAGAACCAAAUUGGUGAAGCAGAGCAGAUCAAUGUGAAGAAGAAGAUGGCAAACAUAGUGGGCAGGAAACGGUUUACACUUAUAGAACAAAUGUUAACUUCAAUUCCACUUAGGGACAGAACAAAUUUAAGAGAUCUUACAAACAAACUGGGUGUGAGUGCUAGCACUGUGUGGGGACUUGUAAAAAAAGGCAGCAUACGACCACACAGUAAUCCAAUGCGUCCAAAAUUAUCACCAGAAAAUAAGAUUACAAGGGUCAUUUGGAUUCUAUGUAUGCUACAACAACCACAAGUAGAGGGAGGGCAGCCAAUGUUCAAUGUUUUCUUCAACUUCAUCCACAUCGAUAAGAAGUGGUUUUACAUGCAUCAAAAAACACAAAAGUUGUAUUUGCAUCCAAAUAAAGUUAAUCCGCACAGAACAUGCCAAUCAAAAAGGCAUAUAAUUAAGGUGAUGUUUGAAACCGCAGUGGGUAGACCAUCAUACAACAUGUUGGGUCAAUGCACUUUUGAUGGGAAAAUUGACCCAUUUGUGAAGGAACUGGCAGCACAAAGGUCAUCUAACAAUAGGCCAGCCGGGAGAUUAGAGACAAAAGCAAUCACCAAUGUCACCAAAGAAUGA